AUGCCGACAAGUCUCCUGCCUGCUUCCGCUGCGGCCUUUGCCCCAAGGUCUUCGCCAAAUGUCGUCCUCCAUCGGGUGGAGGCUUGGCUAACUGCGACUCUCAAGCGGGUGAACCGGGUAAAGCGCCCUUUGAACAAUGUUGGCCAGCAUACCAGGUGCCUGACAGAAACCCUGUCUUCGACAAACGCCCUUUGGAACCUCUGCUCCAUCAUGCUGCCCAAGGCGCCUGAAUCCGAACUGCCUAAGGAUGAUAACCCUCUGGUGGAGGCUCUGUUCAACUAUCAACUUUCCCACAUGGAGGCAUACGUGGUCCAUGUUGACAUGGUUUCGCAGAAUGAAGUCGCAUUCAAACUAACGCCGGAAACUAUCGAGACCUUGGUCGACUACCAUAAGGAUGUCUUUUCUGCCGAUACCGCUGCGAGUACUUGGGACUGGGCUGAGAAGGAGAUUCAACUGAAGAAACUACAUGAAGAGUUUGUUCAAGCCGCUAAUCGAUUUGUCUUUCGGACUGGCGUUCAUGCACUCGAAGGAAUGGAAGAAGAAGGAGCCGGCGAGCUCAUUGGCGGUCGAAGUGAUGAUGCAAAGGCCGCCAUCAUGGGAUUGUUUGUCCCCUUGCUUCCUCCACCACCACGAAUCGUCGAUGUGGUGCAGGCGACGCCACUUCUCCCAGUUCCACUCUCCCUGAAGAUUGGUGGAAUAGUCCGAUCCACCAACCCGCCCGCGCCCGUUGAAUCGUGGCAGGUAGUUCCUUCGAGCCCUAGUGCAGCCUCUACGUGUGACUCACAUCAGAACCUGUGGGCUAGCAUUACGAUGAAUGAUAUGCACAUUCCGUCACCCACUCCGUCCCUGAGCCCGCCAUUGCCUUCUACCGAGUAUACUACUGCCGAAUACUACAGUGCUCCAAUGACGACAGCCGCAAUGGCGCCUCUCCUUUUGCCAAGCAUGUUUUUACAGCAACAAUGCAGCACUACAGCCGGUAUGGGAGGCUUUGGGUGGAAUGAUCGCAUUGUCGACUUCGCCUUGCCGUACGGAACGACUAUGUAA